AUGUCAUCUUCCUCUUCGUCGGACACCAGAGAAGCCGUAAAAUACUUUAUAAACACAGUGGUAGCCGCGACACAACUAAUUCUGGAAGAAGAGGAGGAGGAGGUUUCGUCACAACCACGAAACAGGAACCUGACCAUCGACCGAGACCGAGAAAGUGCUCACGAAAGAUUAGUCACCGAUUUCUUUGCCGACGAACCGUUGUACUCGGAGAGUAUUUUUAGACGUCGCUUCAGAAUAAGUCGUCGACUGUUCUUACGUAUAGCCGACGAUUUAGCCGCUUAUGACCAUUUUUUUACAUUGCGACACGAUGCUAGAGGCAAAAGGAGCUUCACCACCUUACAGAAAUGCACUGCGGCGAUUCGUCAACUAGCUUAUGGGACGGCGGCCGAUGCUUGGGACGAAUACCUAAAGAUGUCCGAAAGAACUGCUAGAGAAUGUGUAUACAAGUUUUGCACAAAUUUGUGGAUCGGUCCUGAUACGAGGUUUACAGUUUCGGGAGUGGAGUACAGAAGCGGGUAUUAUCUUGCCGAUGGAAUAUACCCACAGUACUCUACAAUUGUUAAAACCGUUAGGCAUCCGCCAGAUGAAAAAAGAAAGAAAUUUUCCAAGUUUCAAGAAGCGGCGAUAAAAGAUAUUGAACGGUGUUUUGGGGUUCUCCAACAAAGAUGA